AUGGACGGCAAUUGCCAGCAGAGAUGCGGUGAGACUUUGAAUUGCCACUUUUAUACAAGCUGGAGCGAUGCCCGAUGCCAAAUGGCAGAAGCUUGUGACGCAGUGUCCGAGCCGCGGGCACUGACCUUCCAGAAGGCCAGGGCACGGCAGCGAGCCGUGCAAGCCUUGCAAGUCACCUCAGCAGAAGGCGAAAAGGCCGUCGACUUGGACUCUUCUCCGCAAGCGGCGAUGCAGGACUUGAACCACACUUCCGAGUUCGAAAUGCCAGAUUUGGCCGACGCCGACAUCUUCGGCCCCAAUGCGUCGAUGCUGCAGAGCCUUCGCGACUCGUCAGCCUCAAACCGCCGGCGUUCCAGCUACGUCGUCAUGAGCUACAACCAGUACAGCAGCAAUCAGCAGCCUCAAGGCAUCUGGAAUCCUUACAAGCACGCCAAGAAUGAGUUUCACAACUACUGUGGCUCGAAGGGCGAGCCCGUGACGCUCGGGCAGCUCUAUAACGACGUGUCCGUCACUUGCAGCGGAUUUUAUAGCGGCCAUCAAGACUGCGGGUAUGCCACCUGUGGUCAGGGUGAGGUCAUUGAGCAGAUCGCUUUUGGCCGGACCGCGACAAGUGGCAAUCAUCCGGUUCUCACCUUGCGGUGUCGUGCAAUUUGCGGCAUCAAGCUCGAGCACGGUUGCUACUGGACUGCUGGAUCGCACCAAACGGCCUCGGGCUUCUGGACGAAAGAGUGGCGGAACGGUCAUAAUUGGGAAGGUCCUUCAGUGGAUGGGCCAGCUUGGGUCUACAUGGAUGUCAAUUGGUGGGGCUGGGCUACCGACCCUCGAAGGGAACCCCUCCUGGUACAUCACCAGAACGACCGAGUUCUUACAGGGAUGGCAUACUUCACAAAGGAGGGCUGGAUGCUGCGAUGGUGCAAGACGGGGCCUGUCAAGAUGCACCAGUCCACCAACUUUCCUUGGCAGAGUGAGAUCAACAAGGAUCCGGAGAUUGAUAUGCCUCGACUUCCCGUUACAAACUGGAUGGUGUACCAGAGGGUCGAGAGUAACAGGCACUUCUGGGACCAUUUCUUUGCUCACCAUUGGUCCUUCGCAUACCAGCAGCAGCGGCUCUACUGCACCGAGACGCCCGUGUUUGGCCCCGGCUGCAGCGCCUGCGAGGCGGGGACGGUUCCCGUCACCCCCGGCUCUGACGAAUGCGUCGCCUGUGGGACGGGCCUCUACACCGACAGGAAGGGCUGGCCUUCGUGCAAAGUCUGCCAGGUGGGCUACGAGACUCGCCGCCGGAGGGCACAAAGCUGCGAGCCAUGCGCAGCGGGCAGGUACCAAGAUGCCUUUUUGGUCGCGCAAGGUCUCAGCUGCAAGAGCUGUCCGGCCGGCCACUUCUCCGAUGCUGGCGCCGCCGUGUGCGCGGCUUGUUCCAGCGGGAAGUUCGCCGCCAACCCGGGACAGUCGGAGUGUGAGACGUGCUCCCCGGGGACUCAGUCUUAUCCUGCGGCUACGGCGUGCUUCAGCGAUUGCCCGUGCAGUCAGGCGUUCAACUGCACCUGCAGUUUCGGGCAGCACCUCUCCUACAACGUCACCGUGCCUGUUGCUCCCAAAGGAACACAGUACAAAGUCCGGAUGAAGUUUAUCGGGGACAAGAUCAGCUCUUGUCGUCUUAUGGACAAGCCUGUGACGGAUCUCGACAUGAACAGCUCCUGCAACGAGGCGAUGGAUGCGACCGGCUCCAACUACAGCGGGUGCCAAGACAGGACCACCUCGGGACGCUUGUGCUUGGCCUGGAGCGCCCGGCUGACCGAGCUCGAGGACAGGAUGGGAAAGGCGCUCAACCAGAGUGAGAGAAUGGAAGCAGGGAUCGAGUCGAGCUUCUGUCGCAAUCCCGACAACUCUUCAACCAUUUGGUGCUACGUUCAGGAUGAUGAGGUGGCCUGGGAGUAUUGCCAACCGAAGGUUGAGCGUGUCUUCGAGACAACCAUGAGGCUGCUGGGCUUGGGCUCGGCCACGAUUCGCCUCUCCGGCGAUCGCGAGACGUGCAGGGGCCUCCAGGAGUUUGCGGUGCUUCAUCCCAUGAAAGCAACCUGGGGUACGUGCAGGAGCAGUGCAAGUCGAGACACCUGGCGCAUCCUGCCCGUGGCCGCAUCACCAGGACGAGUCUUGCUCCAGUUCACUGGCAAUGCUCGGCACUUGUGCGCUGGCCAGGAUGGCCAAAUGCUCGACUGCUACGAGCACGACCUGAACCAGCUGGUGCCUAUGGAAUCUCUCCACGAAAGCAUCAGCCAAUGGACCAUGAAGGAGCAUGGGAACGUGGAGCACCGCUGUGGUAUUGAAGACCAUUCCACCUGCUAUCCUGUUACUGCCAGCUCGAAUGGUAACCCUUUGAAGCUCUUGGUCUCCAUGGGGAAGGUGGGAGAUCCAGUUGGCCAGCACUUCUUGUCCAAGGUCCAGCUCAAGAACACAUCAGUGCCCGGCCAGUUCCGCUACAGCUAUUGGAUGGCCAGCGGCGUCUUUGAUUCUGCGAACUGCCAUGACCUGCAGACAGACUGCGUCCAGGCCACAGACUCGGAGCUCUACCAGCUUGAGGCGCAUCGCGUUCAAUGUGGAAGAGGCCAAGCUCUGCAAUCGGUGGCUUUCCAAACAUGUCCUCAGGGCUACCAGUAUGCUUAUCGCUGCUGCGACCUGCACGGCAUGGGCGGUUGCGAUCUCGAGCUGACGCCAUGGACGAAGAGAGAGCCUUCGGUUCAAGGACGCAUCGAGGCCUUGGCGAAGCACGUGAUGAGCUGCAAGGACAGCUGGGUGCUGAGCCACUUCGUCCUGGAGGCGAAGGAUCCCGGCGAGAGCAACUCGGAGGUCAGAUUCUUAUACACCUGCUGCGAGAUCGCACCGCACGAGCCUCUCUCCAUUAUCGGGGAGAAAAGCCCCCUGCCGCUUUCCUACGCGAACUUCGAGGGCUUCUACUUCCCCACCUCUCGCGUGGAGGGUCGGCUGCUCUAUCACAUGGACCAUGCCUUCGAUCGCCAAGCCGCCGCCGCCGUUCGAAAUUUCAGCUUCGACCCGCAUCACGGCCACUGGUGCCUCUUCCAAGAGAAUGCAAGCUGCGUGCACCAGGGCACACCUCAUCCUCUGCAGCUCAUCUCCGGCGCAGAGGAUCCCUUUGAGGUCACCGCCAUGGGGCCAAUGAAGAGCAAGCAGGAGCCAGGGGCGCCGAUGAAGGAGCUCAAGAUUGUGAAGUUCAAGCUGCCGCCGCGCAUGACUCAGCGAAAGCUGGAGAAGCUCGAGCUGGAGGAUGAGGCCAUGAACCACUUUCAGCCUUCCCGAGAGCUGGCGAGCUAUGACCUGAACAUGGUUGAGAACUGGAUGCCGUCGACACCGAACUACCGCCCUUACUGCGCUCUACGUGAUCCGAAGCAGUGGGAGACUUUGGACGACUUGAAGAAGGAAGAGGAGUCUGACUGGGGGGUGGACAAAAGGAACCGGCUAGACGAGCUGAACCUGAAUGAGAACUUCAUGCGCACCGCGGAGGUUUCUUCGACGGAGCACCCCUGCUUUCACUACUUCCACGACCUCGCGCUUCUUGACAACGAGCUCUACAAGACCGAUUUCGAUGUAUCCCGGCUCCUGAAGUUCGACGAGCUCCAGUCCUUCGCGUCGCCGAUGAGGAAGACGUCGACGAGAAUCCGGGAAUCACGGAGGGAGCAGAGAAAAAGGGAGGACAAGAAGUCGGAGAAGAGCAAGGCCAAGAUGGACAACAUGAUGAACAAGGAUGAAGGCAGCCCGAGCCCGUCGCCGACACCUUCAGGUAAAGCCAAGAAGAAGGACAAGUGGGAAGCGAACGAUGUCUACGAAGGGGUAGACCAGGACAUCGACACGGCAGAUCAAGUCGAGAAGGGAGAGACGUGGGCAAAAGCAUCCGGGAAUGCCAACUCCUUCCUCUCGCAUCCGGAAAGACCGGAUCCCCAGCUGUUCGGCACCGUCCCCGAAGCCAUGGAGAAGUGUGCGGAAAGGCAGGAGAUUCGAGCUCAAAAGUUGGCUGAGCAGGAGGUGAAGCAUGAGGUCAAGCAGAACUACUUGGAUCUCACGACCACCGGGAUCCUGGCUAUCUGCGGGGUGAUCCCCGACUUCGGAAAGUUGGCGGCGCCCCUGGGCCUGGGUGUGGACUUCUCAACUCGCUUCGGCGACAUCUGCUCACUGAUCGUGGAGUUUCUCAGCGAGACGACCAGCUUCGGCUUCAGCCAGUACUGGAGCGCCCAGCAACGCUACUACGGGGAGAACGAGGCUUACGACACCUGCUCGGAUUACACCGACGGCCAGAUGUUCAAGACCUUCUGCGACAUGCACUGCAUUGAAGAUGCGGUGCUGAAGGGAAACUCAGCCAUCCUCAAGUCUCUGAAGACACAGGAGACCCACGUCGUGACCACGCUGCACGACAUGCUGAAGUGGUAUACCACCGAGCUCUUCGACAAGCUGAAAGAGACCCAAGAUCAGAGCUCUCAGAACUUCCUUGAGCAAGAGCGGGUUCUGAAGGCAUAUUUCGAGCAGAUGGCCGACAUGGAGACGGGCUACGCGAACCAGGUAAACACGCAGAUCGACCAGUUGGGUGUGGAUAUCAACAGUCGUUUCAAGAGCAACGUGGAUCACCUCAACGUCCUGCAGAAGCACCUGAAGACAGUGAACGACAACAUCAUCAGUCUGGCCAACUGGCUGGGAAACCAGCCUAUGUUUGCCACCGACGAUGACCACAGUUUCACACCUCCCCACUCCGUCCUGCAGGGUGCGGACCCAUCGAGGAUCGUUGACACCAAAGGCAUCUCAGUGCCGAAGCCUCCACACGUGGAAGCGCAAGAGAACUUUGGCGCGGCACAGAUGGCUUUGGCCGACCUCCUGGCUCAGAUUCACCAAGCUUAUAGUGUGGACUCUGCGAGCGACGAGGAGCAAAUCGUACCGCUACUCUCUGGUCUUCAAGCGGAGCUCCAUCAACUUCGCCAUCAGCUGCUCCCCUCGCCGGAGGCAGCCGUCAACGCCAGCCGUGCGGUGGUGCAGGCCCUGCGGCAAGCUACGACCGGCCUUGGGGCAUUGCCAAAGCAAGGCGUGGAGGCGACGUUCCAGCGACGAAGCCAAGUGGCCCUGAAGCCCGCAGUGCGACGAUGGCAGAAGCAAGCGUUGGUGGUGGCGGGUAUUUCCUCCGGCCUUUCGCAAUUUGGUAUGAGUCCAAGCUUCACGGGCGCGGACCAGGAUGGCCAGCAGGACCGGCGCUACGACUACCAGAAGCUGAUGACGUCAAUCCACCGUGACGUCAGCGAGUACAUCCAGAAGGCCAGGGUGCACGUGAACGCCCACAAGAGCACGCUGCUCCAAUUGCUAAGUGCGAAUGCCACGCAGAGCUGCAAGUCGAGCAUCGUGGAGACGGGCCGCCUCGUUGCCGAGAUGCAGCGCACGGAGGAGGACCACGUUCUGUCGCUGCUACGCACCUGGAAGACCUUGGCUGAGAACCUGGACUCUUUGGCAAACCUCCUGGUGGAAGGCGAACUUCUGCAUUCCGAGCUGCACCGAGCGGCCGUCCUUGAUGAAAGUGCGACGGAGGCCUUGCUGGCCGCCGCGGGAGACAGUGGUAGCCUUGACUUGGCCGCCUACCUCUCGCUGAUCGAGGAGUCGCUUGCGCGAAGCUUGAGCAGCAAACUGCUGCCCUUCAUGAAACAGCUCUCGCAGGCCUUCGAUCUCAGCCAGUUCUUGGCCGACAUGUGGGUUUUCGGCUCCUUCGAUGUGCCGGAGAACGAGCUCACGCUCGUGCAAACGGCCUGGAGCCGCGCAGCCAAAACGGCGCAUGGACUCUUGGGCCAGAACUCCUCGAUGUUACCGUUUCGGUUGCUGCGAUUGGCGGUGGACAGGGCGGAGGAGGCGAUGUCCAGCAACCUCUUCAUGGCUCCGGACGUCUGCAGCGGCGGGAUGCAGCUCUGGAACAUGACGUCAGGCCAUGCGCUGGUUUUCGACGACAAGGGCCGUUUCUACGAGUGCGAUUUGAAGAGCGGCCACUUGUCACCUCGUCGUCACCGAUACAGCAGUACGGCUAUCAACGACGCCUUCUCCUCACUUCUUCAGCAACUCAACAUGCGCAUGAGCUGA